UGGAAUAGGUUACAAACAAGCAGGCACCAUACCAGAAGUGUGAGCAGUGGUUGGUGGCACAGCUCUUGUCGCGGGCAACUGAUCGCUUGAAAUCAUGCUGGAUUGACUGAAGAGGCUACUACAAUCAAUGGCUUGGCUUUGAAAUCGUUAACAUUUUAUUGGAAAGGAGUGUGUGAGACAGAGGGAGAGGGAGAGCGAGGGAACAAGAGAGUGCGCACGAGUGAGAGAGGGGAGAGAGAGGUGUAAAUAAAGAUUAUUUCAACAAUGGAACUUACAAUGGAAAACAUUGGAAAUCUACACGGCGUAUCUCAUUCUCAUCAAACGGGUGACUUAAUGAACUCUCCGCACCACGCACGGCAGUCCUUGGCGUCGCAUCGGAACUUGGUGUCGCACGGACGGUCAGCCAUGGUGUCCAGUAUGGCCUCAAUAUUAGAGGGAGCUGGGGAGUAUCGCACAGACCAUGCAUUGUCCGGUCCCUUGCACCCCGCCAUGACUAUGUCCUGCGACUCCGGGAUGACCAUGAGCAGCACUUACACUACGCUGACACCACUGCAGCACCUGCCUCCCAUAGCCACCGUCUCGGAUAAAUUUCACCAUCAUCCUCACCCGCACGCUCACCACCAUCCGGCCCAUCAGCGUCUCACCGCCGGUAACGUCAGCGGCAGCUUCACGCUCAUGCGGGACGACAGGAGCCUUGCCUCAAUGAGCAACCUCUACGGCCACUACCCUAAAGACAUGUCCGGCAUGGGCCAGCCACUGUCCCCUCUCUCCAACGGCCUCGGGUCUUUGCACAACUCGCAGCAGACUCUUGGCGCCUAUGGUCAGGGAGCCCACCUCUCCAACGACAAGAUGCUCUCUUCGGGAGGCUUCGAGUCUCACGCAGCGAUGCUGUCCCGGAGCGAGGAACACCUGGCCCGGGGAUUUGGGGGCCACGGGGCCGGGAUCAUGUCAUCCCUGAACGGUAUGCACCAUCACAGCCAUCCGCACUCUCAGGCUAACGGAUCCAUGCUCUCUGACCGGGAGAGGCAGACGGCGGGGGGCGGGCAGGGAGGUGGGUCCGGGCAGGUGGAAGAAAUAAACACCAAGGAGGUGGCACAACGAAUAACGGCGGAACUCAAGCGCUACAGCAUUCCCCAGGCCAUCUUCGCCCAGCGGAUCUUGUGUCGGUCCCAGGGAACCCUGUCUGACCUGCUGAGGAACCCUAAGCCCUGGAGUAAACUCAAGUCUGGCCGGGAAACCUUCCGGAGGAUGUGGAAGUGGCUGCAAGAACCGGAGUUCCAGAGAAUGUCGGCACUCAGACUAGCAGCCUGCAAGCGCAAGGAGCAGGAGCAGCACAAAGACUGCAACAUGGCGCCCAAAAAGCAGCGGCUGGUCUUCACAGACCUGCAGCGCCGCACACUCAUCGCCAUCUUCAAGGAGAACAAGCGCCCAUCCAAGGAGAUGCAGAUCACCAUCUCCCAGCAGCUGGGCCUGGAGCUCAACACCGUCAGCAACUUCUUUAUGAAUGCCCGGCGCCGCUGCGUGGAUCGCUGGCACGACGAACACGGCACCAGCCCCGGCCAGCCGGGCACCUCGGCCAACACCUUCUCCAAAGCCUGAGAGGCCCGGGGGGAGCCACGGGGUGGCAUGGGGAUGGGAAGGUAGUACCUCCUGUAGCCCACUCCGUUCCCAAUAACCAUGUUGAUGCCUCAUUCCUUCCAUGCAACCACCUCUUGGUCAGUCGUAACUUUAACCACAACGAUCUGAAAGUCUCACCACUGGACUGUUAUGAAGCAAGUGAAACGUAAAGGUAACAUGUAGUCAAGUCCACACAAGGACAAUCAUCUUUUUUUUGAUUGAAUUGGGUUUCUGUUGAUGGUGUCAGUCCAUCUACACUACAGGCACCAUGAUACGUUGCUAUGUUUAAACGAUCUCAACAUCAAGCCUCAGUCAGCCUCCCUAUCCAGGUAGUUGCUGCUGAAUCCCUCCAAGCUCUCCCUUUUGUGUCUGCUAUGAGUCUGCUCAGCCCCAUUCUCUACUCACAUUUCUCAACAAAGACAAAAGAACAUCAAUAAACCUGACAGCACACAGCCCUGUUAUCUAACCCAGUCCUCUGCGCAAGACCAUCCUAGAGAAAACAACACAACCCCAUGAAAAAACAAAAGCUCGACCAGUCUUCUCCUCCCUCUCUCCACUCCUUCUUUGCCAAAGGUAUUCCCUGAUGGCCAGCCAUUUCAGCGAGCCACUCGGAUCAUACGCCGGCAAACUAAUGAAUUGAAAAAUGAAUCGAUGCAGACAGGGAGAGGGAGCAGGGCCUUGACCCUUCCUGAAGGUGAAACAGAAGACGCUUGGCAGUAAAGAUACUCAGGUCUGCCCGGCUGCCCAGGUCUAUAUUUUUGCACAGAUGUUGGAGGCCUGCAGGGAGACUGUCGUUGCUUUGGAGAAGCAGAAGCGUCUGUGUUUGUGACCAUCGGGGAGGAGAUACGUCUGGACAUGCUCUUUGUUCAGGAGGGAGCUGCUUUUCACUGAUCAAUACAGAAACCAAGCAACAACACGGCCAGGCAGGCGUCCAGCCAACUGUAUUACAGCUGCUGCAGAAAAGAAUGUAAGAAGAGCACAUGGGGAACUCAAUGGAGGUGGCGACACAAUGGCCUCACCCGGAGGCAGCGUCCAGUCUACUCUGCACUGAAGGUGCCCUAGUGCCCCCUGCUGGUUAUAGGAGAAGCUGCAGACCGCAGUCCUCUUAGGAGAAGCUUCUCAGUGUGUUCCAGGGCUGGGGAGAGAGAGGCCAUGGCACAACAUUUUCAGGCCCUCGCACCUCUCUGAAGGCAGAUCAAUAGAGAGCCAUUAUCCUAUUGUUGUUCCUCAUCCAACAAGGACUGGUGAAGUAGGAGGAGGGGAUGGUUCAACCAGCCGCCUAUACACUGGGAAAAAGAAGAGGCAGGUUUUUAGUAAACACUCCAAAUUCGUUACCUUGAUAACACUCACCAAGCAAAUAGACUACCUUGUGUCACAACAUACACGUCAGGUUAUUGAAAAGAUACACUCAGAAACACAUACAGUUGAUAUAGAGAUAUGUCUCAGUUUCAUUUAGUGGACAGAGGGGUAAUGAUGGAUGCAGAAACAUUCGAGGUGCUACGGAGAUUUAGUAUUACAUCAUCGUUUACGCAAAAAUGGUGGGGAGGCUUCCUGUUUUGAAACUGAAUGACACACAGUUUAGAUGCAUCCGUCUUUUACCAAAAAUAGGGAUCAGCAGAUUUGGAAAAGAGCCAAUCUUCCACUUGAUAUUCCCACCCAAUGGUUAUUGUCUGUGGCUUGCCGCGACAUACUACAGUCACAAAUGCUACAAGAACUAGUGCCAAUGCUAACUGCCUUAAUGAUAAUCAGAGAAUAUGGCAUUGCAUUCACAUACAGCUACAGUGUGCCCUACUCCUACUGAUGGGCAGUAUGUGCCAUAGCAACCCAAAAUAAACUUUUAAGUGAAUUAGAAUCUGCUUUUUUAGAAAACAAAAAAAUGUACCCGAUUUUAUUAAAGCAUACAAUACCAAACCUCAAAACUACAAAGAUACCACAAUAUGUUACAAAGAAAAUCCACCGACACAUACAGGACACAUUUUGAAACAGAGGAAAAUCUCUCUCGCUUUCAUUCUAUCUUUGGUUAUCUACCUCCUCUUCCCCUACCCCCUCUUUUCCCUCUCUUUCUUUCUUACACUCUAUAAUAUUGAUGCGGGUAAUUAGUACCAUAGACACAAAGUUUAUAUUUCUUGUUACUUUUGUGCUCUGUCGUGCAUAAGUAAGGCACCUUGUUGAUAAAUCAAAAAAAUGACUUUUUAAAAGAAAAAAAAGAUGGAUGCAAGGACCGAAACCAAUGAAGGACAUCUUUUUUUGCAUUAUAUGUGAAUAUUGACGAGGAGGAGAUAUCUCCCAAGAGAAGGAGAAACCAGGGAGAUGGACGAUGUAUUCUUUCGUGGCGUUUCAUGUCGGGCUGCGGGUCCGUACAUCAGCACCCCUUUAAUCUGAGCCUCAAAACUGGCUGUGGAAAGGGGACGCAGCAUGACCUCCAUACGUCCUUUCUGGUUAUGUGUGUGUAUGGGGGAGGGUGUGAAGGUUAAAGGGGAGUUGGGACAUGGAUGCUAUCUGAAUGGUCUUAAAAUGCAACUGUAGCAUUUCCAACAAUAUAGUUAGAUUAACUGUGCAGAUUAGAUAAGACAUUGUCAUGGUAAAUGGUUUGAUAAAACGGCUGUAAACUCACUUUGCUAUAAGCAGUGAGUUUGAAGUCUCGAACGAUGAGAAAAAUUGAUUUGUGGUACACAGUUCAGCAAGGAUAGGAUUCAGCUCUGUGUCCGUGGCUGAAAAAAAAUGACCUUUGUUUGUAGUGAGAACCAAUGUGGCUACCUCACUAAGCUGAGUGGUUUGUGAAACCGCCACGAAUACCAAAGAUUACUCCAGCCUGCCAGUCCAAUGCUGCCUGGGGGACACACCAAAAAGAGCCCCCCUCUGCCCCAACGCUGUUACAGACAGACACAAUGACACAGUUAGACACACUGACAUGCUCCAUACACACACAGUGCAGUCAGGCUGCAUUGUGCCACAAAGGAGGAGGUGGCUACCAUGUAGAUUGAGUUGAGUGCCUUUUUCCUUCAACCACGGGUGGGACUGCUCUGGACACACACACGCGCGCGCACACACUCACACAUAGACAUUACAUUCAUUAUUAGAUGGACAGAAAGGGGGGCCAAACAAAGGGCGUGGGGGCUGUGUCAGCAUCUUCUUUCAUGUUGACUUUCCAUCUUGAUACACUAGAAUCCAAGCACUUUAUCAUGAAGGAAGUCUAGAAAACAUUUUCUAUACGCUAUUUAUUUGAGACAAAAAAAAUAUGUUACUUUGAAUUCCUUCGAUGGCUUUGUUACGGCGCAGUAGUUGCUGUCGGAGUAGCGCAGAGCCCUAGUUUCUGUAGCCUGGUGUUCUUCUGCUCUCUGUCCCUUUACCCCUCCCAACAGAGAUAUUUUUAUGUAACAGAAAGGGGGGUGGUUAAGGGCUUUGACAGAAGUCAGAAGUGACCAGGUUGUAGUUGUAAUAUCGCCCCAUUGCAUGCCACUCUCUCUCUCCACACCUGGUGCCAGAACUAAUGAAGCACUGGGCACUGGAACAGUCAUUGACAAUUAUAGACUGACACAACUUCCCUCUCCCUCCAACCCCACCCUGUCUACUCGUCUCACACAUCAACUUCUCCCCCUGGCCAGAGCUAAGACUUGGUAGGCAUGUGUUGACAAUUAAUUCUGAAAUACCUCAAACCUUUCAUGUAAAGUUUAUGUAAUUUAACUUAAAAUAGUCAUGCGAAUGAUAACAAUGAUUAUGAUACUACGAUACUAUGAUAGUUAGUUUUGGAACUUGUAACUUGAAGCUUUAUACUGUUACAUUUUUUAAUUUGUUUGCUCAUUUUCUUGUCUGUUUCCUGCUUGUUUUGCUACGGCAUGCACUUCAUGUUUUCAUAAAGGAAAGACAUUGUGAAUGUUUCUGUGGAAGUUCAAACGGGAAAAGAACAAGGGACAGGAGAGAAGGCUAUAAGAGGAAGGAAAGAGAGAGAAAGAGUGCUACAAGAGCUACUCAACACAUAGUUAGCUCAACUCUUGGAGAGGUGUUUUUUCAAAGACAAAAAAAACACAGAUUUGGAUCGAAUUCCAAAAAGUAUCAUUUGAAUAUCAACCAAAGGAAGACCUUUUUUACUCAUCCUAAGCUUUCUUCUGACAUGUUGUUCUCUUUUCUCCAAAACAAUUUCACAGUUACUUUUGAAGGUUCCUGAGUGUGUUCAAGUACUCCUGAUGUUAUUAAAAUAUAAAAAAACAGCACCUCUCACUGAAAGGGGGGUGCAACCUUUUUCUUUCUGCAUGGAUAUUGUAUAACUGUAUAGAAACCUACAGGAAUGACCUGUGAUUUUGUGGGAGAGGAGGAAGGAAAGACUGGGGGGGUGGAGGGGGGUAUUUGGUAAAAGGGCGGGGUUGGGGUUUGGCGUUGGAGGAGUCUUUGUUUUUAGACUUUUUGUCACUGUUGGAUUCACUGGUUGUGUGCAUGUGUUGUUUCAACCCUUUCCCCCUCCCCAAUGUAUAUAAAUCCCGACAGUAGGGGGCAGUGUGCUGGGGAGAUUCCACUCCUCCUCUCCAAUCAAUCUCAUUCAAUCUCAUUCCUCAGCCUGGCUACUAACAAGGUCCUGUUGGUGGCUGUCCUGCUUUUCCAAGGCCGGGUUGUUUCCUUGGAGUUAAUCAGAGGGACUAAGCCACAGGCCUGGGUGUAGCUGCCUAUAUGUACUGUAUGUCUCAUCCUUUUCUUUCAUCUGUGUGUGUUUGUGCGUGUGCAUUUGAAUUUAUGUGAAAAAUUGUUCUUUCUUUGGGUUCUAAUCUUUUUCAUGCAAAAUGUAAACAUUUACCAACCAACCAGUACGUUGGCAACUGACCCCUCCAACCAGAGAUGUUCUCAUCUUCUGUCAAACAGCAUAUGUGCAUCAUUUCCCCUUGGGAUGUAAAGUUGCCAGUCGGCCUGCAGUCAGACCCCGUUACCACCCCCAGUCACACUGUGCUCUCCCUCUUCUGGUACCUGUUAAUCAAUCAGAACCAAGUGUCUUUGUGAUGGUAGAAGACAAUCAGUUUCAAAACAAGGAAAAGGUCGAGAGAGGACAGGCCGGUAGGGGGGAUUGGGAAAUCGGGAAAAGAGGCUCUCCGGGUUGUUUACUGCUGUAGUGCCCCAACUGCCAAAAUAUGCCCACAACCCACUACCCCACAGUCCAAUACACUCCCUAUCAUACAUCUCAUCACAAGCCACACAUGUAGUAGGGUGGCAAGUAGCCUAGUGGUUUAGACUGUUGGGCCAGUAACCAAAAAGGUUACUGAUUCAAAUCCUGAGCUGACUAGGUGAAAAAUCUGUCAAUGCGCCCUUGAACAAGGCACUUAACCAUAAUUGCUCCUGUAUGUUGCUCUGUCUGCUAAAUUACUAAAAUGUAAAAUCAUCCCAGACAUUUCGCCCUUACCUUGAGAAACUCUUACUCUGACAUCCCUUGUAUAGUAACCAAUUUCUGAUCAAGAAGGACACCCAACAACAUUCCCUCUCACCUGUCUGUCUCACGUGCCUUCCUUCACUGGCACUGCAUUGGGUGGGAGAAAAACUACACAAUGCAGUGCAAAACAGCAAUCACUACAUUUCCCAUCUAACCCCUCUCCUUCUGAUCUAAUGUUGACAAAACCAGCCGUGAGAAAUAAGAGGAUAUGGCUGGUGGCUUUUGCACAGAAAUCUAUGCAAACACCUGACCCCCCAAUCUUAGUCAUUGCUGCUGGGUCAGAGUGUACAACCUUCUAUCCCCCACCUACCCUUUCCAUUUCAUGACCCCUGACCCCUCCCGGUUUCCCCCAGAGUGGGUCUAGCAGCUCCAGACACUCAGGGUACUGUAGAGUGCCUGGAGAGGAGAGGCACUACAGCACUGACUCUCUAGUGGGUACCAGACUUUAUUUUUACUAGAUUUUAGAACGGUCCCAAACUGCCAUUGACAUGACAUGGAGUCCAUGCCCAUACACGGGUAGCCUAAAUCAUUUUGCUAUAUGGUCACACGUAACAAUGUUGGAUAGUCUCUGUUUAGGGACAAGGAAGGCCCCAGUCAAUCAAUGCAGACAUCCAAAUGGACCAUAGUUUACAUAAGUUUCAAAAGGCAAGGGUGACUUUCAGUAAACACAAACUAACUCAUACAGACACACACACAUGGAAUUGAAGUCUGCCAUUUGAGAGCGUAUGCUAAAAACCAAAGAUGAAAUCAGAGGUAUGAAAACCUGACCACUGAACCAAGACAAUGGCCAGCUCUCAAAGCUGCUCUAUUGACUCCAACACUGGCCAUGUAAACACACACACACACACACACACACACACACACACACACACACACACACACACACACACACACACACACACACACACACACACACACACACACACACACACACACACACACACACACACACACACACACACACAUACACACACACACACACACACACAGCCUCUGGUCUGAGAGCCUCUUUUCCCUCCUCCCACUGCAGAAGCCGGAGAGCCUGUGGAUAACUUUUUGUUUAGCUCUAGUGGAGACUUUUUAAAUGGAAAAAAAUCUGAGUAAUAGCUAACUGUUACAGAAAAUAAAAACUUAAAAGGAUAAUAUGGGUAAAUUGCGUGUUUUGAAAUAAAUUAACAAAUAAAACAAGGAUAA